UUUCCUUUCUUGAUUCUGUGCAAGUUGCAGAGAAUGUGGAGCAGAAUAGGAAAGGAAAAGCAGACACAAAUGAUGUUUUGGGGAAACUCCAACAGGGGGACCUUCAAACUAAAGAAGGACAUUGCAUGGCCAAGCACGUAGAAUUCGAUCCUCAGAACUUCUGCAGAUUUAAACAGCAUAAGAUCCCUUUGAAGUGCUAAAACAGAUGGAACCGGACAUCGUUCCUUUCCAUUUACUGAGUUCCCUUGGCUAUAUAACAAUGUGAGCAACAAAGAGUUGAUCAGAGAGUAGUUUUCAGCUUCGCUUAUACGCAACAUGGCAGGGUAUGGCAAUGCUUUCAAAGGAGGCUACACAACGUACACCAGCCCACGAGCCGGCGAAUGGAGGGAACCAAGUACCUACCCUUCUGAUCAAGUCCACAAGCCAGUGAUCAUUGAUGCUGAAGGGAGGAAAAGGCCGAUUGUAGCUCUUCCCAGCGAGACUGCAGAGUCCUACAGAGCUGAGACCAUGUAUCAGCAGCAGCAGCAGCAUGCUCUCCCAUCGGAGAAAAGGCAUGGUCACUCCAUGGAGCCUGCGAAUGUGGAGCACUACAGAGUUGAACAGAAAGUGCAUGAAACUUCAGACCCGGUUUACAAUCGCCUUCAGAAAGUAGAGGAGAUCAUCACCAAAGUGCAGCAUGAAGUCAGUAACACACAAAAGUUUGGACUUUUUAAUGGUGGUAAGGCAUCUCAGCCUGAUUCCUCCCUUCCUGGUGCAACAAAUAAUAUUGGCACAGCGAUAGGGUACCUCAAAGAAGCCAUCAAACCAGCCUAUACAGAACAUAUUCCUAGCAAGAUGGAGACAACCCAUGAGACUGGGUGGCCUAAAAGAAGUACCAAUUCCGCAUGGUCUGCUGCUCCAACUGAAGCCUACAAUCCUUACGCCACAAGGACUAACGAGCCACGACACUUGAAAACCUUGGACCCCCAUGAAUCUGUGAAAAGGUAUGGUAAUUUCAAGUUUUCGCCCAGGCCAUAUGCAACAGGAAGAUAAUUUGAAAUAGAGAAGUUUGGUAGCUCUCUCUAUUGACCCAUCAGUUGCUUCUUGAUCUACCUAAAGUUGUUCUUCGGCUCAGUAGCUACUACUAGCUAUUGGGUUUUGCUUAUUUUCAGUCAGCUAUUCAGUAUGCCUAUUAUUGUGUCCCAAAUUGUUAUGAUAUUGUGAUAAGGAAUAAGUUUCUGUGUUUCUAAGCGUGAGCAAUAAAGUAAUGAGGAAUCUCUGUCUUCUUUGUGGAGCAUUCUUCCUUUUUCAUGCAUCUAUACUAUAGAUGGUUGAGAUAAACAAGUGCUAUAUUACCAAGACAGAAAACAGCACGAGUGUAACGACUCUGGCAAGUCCGUUUGCUGUAGGAUCUGAAAAGUGAUGGAUGG